AUGUACCUGCACACGAGCCUUAAGAGCUUGGGAUUCCUCGCGCUACCCUCCUCCUUGCGCAUCGUCAUCGCGCAAACCAACGAAACUCUCGUCCCCUUCGCAUUCAAGCCUCUCCCUCUCGGAUCCAUCAAGCCCAACGGCUGGCUCAAAGACCAACUAACGCUCUCCGCCAACGGCCUCGCGGGCCACCAACACGACUUCUACGACUUCGUCGCGCACUCGACCUGGCUCGGCGGCACCAGUGAAUACUCUUCUCUGCGAGAAGGCUUUCCCUACUGGUUCAACGGCCUCGUGCCAUUGGCCUACACGCUCGAAGACGAGCGCCUUCUGGAGCAGGUGCAUUCGGCUGCGGACUAUGUGCUGGAGCACCAGCAGGAAGAUGGAUGGCUGGGGCCUGAGACUGGGUCCGAGAGGAACUUUUGGGGCAGGAUGCCGGUUUUGCUGGGGUUGAAGGGGCUUGCUGAGGCGGAGAAGGGCGGGGAGUGGGAAGAAAGGGUAGUGGAUAGCCUGUGGAAGUUCAUGGAGGUUACGAAUACCAUGUUGAGAGACAAUUUUACGGGAUAUCAUUAUCAUGAGGGGGAUGCGGUGGGGCAGGGUGAUGAGCAGUGGGGCCGCGUCCGAGUCCAGGAUAUGCUUAUUACGCUUCAGUGGCUGUAUGAGGAGCAUUCGGCAAGCCACAAUGCGUCGCAGGUCAUGGAGAAUAUGCAGCUCCUCAUUGAAGGCUCGCUCGACUGGGCGGAUUGGUAUAAUCCGAAGGUCUACAUCAAGGAGGACUUGAACACUCUCCCGGUUUCCGAGACCGAGCCUCUCUUUGCCUACGAGCAUGGCGUCAACGUUGGUCAAGGUCUCAAAGCCCUCGCAGUUUUCCGACGCGUCACGCACAACGACAGUCUAGUGCAGACGAGCAAAGAUGCUGUAGACUGGACGUUCAAGUACCAUGCUGCUGCCUCUGGAGCUAUCCUUGCUGAUGAGAGGCUUGCUGGACUGGCGCCAUACUACGGAUCGGAGACCUGCACGCUGGUCGAGACCAUGUACUCGCUAUCAUACUUGUACCAGGCGCUGGGCGACGCCUCGUACGCCGACCGCUGCGAGAAGACGGCGUUCAAUGCGCUCCCUGUCCAGCUAACGCCUGACUGGUGGGCGAGGCAGUACGUUUCGCAGCCAAACCAGCCUUACGCACAGCACUUGGAUGAGACCCCGUUCUGGAACGUCAAUCAGUGGGGUCAAUCAUAUGGUCUUGAAGUCGACUACCCCUGCUGCACAGUCAACCAUCCGCAAGGCUACCCUAAGUUCGCAGCCGCAAUGUAUGUACAAGUCGAAGACAACGGCAUCGCGCACGCCCUCCUCGGACCCGGAAGCGCCACAGUCGGCGACACGAUGAUUGACUGCGAAACCGAGUACCCUUUCAGCGACACCCUAAUCUACACUAUCACCACCAAAUCGGUCUUUGACUUCCACGUGCGCGUCCCCUCUUGGGCCGACACCUCCAAAACAACAAUCUCCAUGGGCUCCUCCUCCACCGCUGUAAAUCCCGACCCGCAAACCGGCCUGCACAAGAUCUCCAUUCCAUUUGGUACGUGGGAAGUGAUAUACACCCUCAGUACCCCCUCGAUCAUCCAAGAACCCCGCGCAAACGAUACCGUAGCAAUCCACUACGGCGCCCUCGUCUUCGCGCUCGCAAUUCCUUCCACAAACUCCUCAUCGCGCCCCAAGCAAUACGGCUCCAACGACCCGCUUCCCGAGGGCUACGCGCCCACUCAAGCGCUCGACUACUCAUACACCAACACCUCGGCUUGGAACUACGCCAUCGACCCGUCCACGCUGAUCGUGCACCGCUCCAACGACACCACCAGUCUUGCAAAUCCGAUUUUCGCGCCGGGCGCGGCGCCGCUCUGGAUGAGCGGGAAGGCGUGCGAGAUUGAGUGGGGUAUGUACAAGGGGGUGCCAGAUGCGCCGCCGACAGGGGAGGCGCGGAAGUGUGUUGGUGAUGUGGUGGAUGUGAGGUUGGAGCCGUUGGGUGGGGCGAAGGUGCAUAUGGUGGAUUUGCCGGUUUUGAUACUUUCCGAGGGUGGAAGUACAGAUGGAGAGAAAGGGGAUGGUGGGACGGGGGCGGCGAUUUAG